AUGGCUGAGGCCUCGCUCCCAGAACUGAGCGGAGAUUCGGAGGCCACACAUUGCCCCAGCGUUGUAGAACUGGAGGAGCUCCUGAGGGCGGGGAAAAUUUCUUCUUGCAACCGGGUGGAUGAAGUUUGGCCCAACCUUUACAUAGGAGAUGCGGCCACAGCAAAUAACCGCUUUGAACUAUGGAAGCUGGGCAUCACCCACGUGCUGAAUGCCGCCCAUGGGGGCCUCUAUUGUCAGGGCGGCCCUGACUUCUAUGGCAGCAGUGUGAGCUAUCUGGGGGUGCCAGCCCACGACCUCCCGGAUUUCGACAUCAGUACCUACUUCUCCUCUGCAGCUGACUUCAUUCACCAUGCCCUCAGCACACCCGGGGAUCAAGAAAAUGAGGCCCAUACAUGA